UAACAUUUCAUUUGGUUCAAGCUAUGUUGAUGUUGCCACUAAUCAAUGGCAACCCGGCCGAGCUGGGAUUUUUGUUAACUUUGUUCCCGACAAAGGAUUUAUACGUUUCGCACCUACAAUGUAUACUGAUACAAUCUUGAAUCAAUACGAUGUGACUGAAGAGGGAGAAAUAAAACUUCUUGCUCAAGCUUCCAUAAAUUUUCAGGAGAAUUAUAGCCUUAUAAGUACAGUCGUUUCAAUGGUGGAUGGAGGAGUCUACUUUUAUAUCUUCGAUGGUCAUGCAACUAAACGAGAACCAGCUGUUCUUUACCAAACUCCAAUUUCAGGAUUAAAGUUUAUUGACAUUGAUUGCAGUACUUCUUACGUAGGAAUUGGACAAACUUGUAUAGUAGCAGGAGAAUUUACAAUUCGAGCUGUUAAUACAAUAAUAUAUCUUAAAAUUGAUUUUCUUUCAACUGGAACCGUAAUAAACGUUUUGCCAUUGAUUAGUGAUAUUUCAACGAAUCCAUUAAUUGUACGAUAUAUCAAAACAUUACCUUAUGGGGGUUAUUUAUUAAUAAGAGGUGGAAUUGAUAAUGGUAAAACUAUCAUUGAAGGUUAUAUACUUAAUGACGAAGGCAAAGUAUAUUUUUGGGACCUUCCAAUGCCUACCGUGACAAACGUUUUAGGAGCAUCGAAAAUUUUAAGAAAUAAUACUUUUGUACUUUCCCAGCCGAUAGAGAAGCCAUACUGGACUUUGAUCACCACUGAAUUAUAUAUAUUUGAGAAAGAAAAAGUUAAUGGAUAUGAUAAUUUUCACAUCGAAGCCACUUAUCCAAUCAUUGAUGAUGUGAUUACUACCGAUAUAGAUAGAUACUAUGUUUCAAUUGAAAAUAAUUUUGUGAAGAGCCGAAUUUACCAAGAACCUCUCUAUGGUGUAAGAGAACAUGUUUGGACAUUUACGACACUUCCAGCAGAAGAAGAAUUUUCAAAGAGCGUUAAUGGUCGAGUUCGAUUGACUGUAGAUGGGACUUUAUAUUUUGAUAGUCUUAACAAAAGCGAACGCAAAAUUUUCUUUACGAAAUUAAUUCAAGAAUUGGCUGAUGCAAUACCCGUCAGUUCUAAUCGUAUACCUAACAAUGAAAGGGUUGAAACUGACUCUUCAAUUCUUCAAAGACAAAUCUUUUUACGUAUUGAUAUUAAACAUGAUGAAUCUAGAAAAGAAAGAACUGUUAAAUUGGCGAUUCAAGAUUUAGAUAAUUUGAUUAGAAAUAAGCCUAUCACUGUUAUUGGUUCCGGGGAAUAUUCAAAAUAUCUAGAUGAUAGUUAUGGAUAUAAACGACUUCCCAAUAAGUGGGACUCUUUCGGAUCAGGUCUUCUUGUUACAUUUUUAGCCUUAUCUUUAUGGGGUGUACUUUUCUUGGUCGCCAGAAAUGCAAGACGUAAUGCAAACAAUACUGCAAUUUUUCAAAUUGCUUUUACACUUUUUGAUAUUGUAUUGGAUUGGGUUUUUACUUUUACAAAAGCCCAAAAUGUUGAUGGAUUAUUUAUCCCAAGCCUUGUAAUUUUGAUAGGUUCAUUUAUCAUAAGUUUAGUGUUGGCAUUUAUAAUUGUUGACAAGGAACUCAGAAAUAAUAAUGAACAAGCUGCAAAAUUCAGAACUUGGCUUAAUGAAAAUAGUAAACUUGUAAAUUUAUUCACUAUUUUGGCAGGAACCGAUCUUCAAAUUUUAACUAUACUUAAUUCAAAUAUAAAUAUUGGAGGAUUUGAUAAGUUUAAUGCUAAUUUUUCUCAAGAAACAAUAUAUAGAAUUGCUCAGUACUCUUGCAUUAACAUUAUUUUUGAAGAUAUUCCUCAAUUGGUUAUUCAGAUUAUAUAUUUUAAUAAAACGGUAAAUUACGAUAUUAUACCUUUACUAACACUUACAUCAUCCUGUUUAAGUAUAUUUAGUAAAAUAGUUGGACAAUAUUACACAUUCAAAAUUCAAGGUUAUAAAAAAAAUAAUAUUAACGAAAAGUCUGAGAAUUCUGCACAUGCUGAGGUUAUAGAUCCUUCUUCUAAUGCUUAA